CAGUGCAUCGGUUUGUAGAUGUUUCGAUGUGACGAUGAUGAUCAAUCUACUGGCGUUAUUUAUGGUUAACUGUUAGUUACCUGGUACCUGUACCCAGUAAAACUUAUUACCGAAUAUACUGAAAAUAUGAAAACUUAACCACUUUUUUUAAGUAAUGUAAUAUACCAGUCGUGAUAUUUUAAUCAAUAUAAACUAAUACUAAUACUUGUAAGAAAAAUACGGUAUUUUAGAACUUUUCUUUUUUCGUCAUUCGUGGUUGACGGUACCUUAAAGAUUAAUAAAUGAAACAUAAAACAUAGAGAUCCAACUAUUGGACACUACACUUUCAUAAAAAGUAUUCAGAUUUUGUUGUAUCCAAAUUCAAUAUUUUUCCACAGGAGCAUUAUGAGAAAAUAAUAGUAUAAUGACCUGACUUUUUACAUGACAAUCUUAUUUACUGCAAUGACAAACGAUCCCUUAUGACUGAUUUAUUUGAAUUUUGAAUUUAUUAAAAAUUUUGCAAUUUGUGGGAUAAAAUUUAAAAAGUCAGAUAAAUGGAACAACUUAUGCACGCUGGUAUCUCUGAUUUUAGAAUGUCGCUUUGAAUGUAUUGUAUUGUUUGAAAAACUGAGUUUGAUGAACAUUUGGAAAGUAUACACAUAGAAACCAUAUUGUUUCACCUGUAUUGUAAAGUUGAACGGGACAUGCAAUUAAUACUACUACAAUAACGCUGGCAUGUAAAUAUCGGACACAAAACGCUAUUUAAAUAAAUGUAUGCAACCGAGAUUCUUAAAGACAUAAGUUCUUGUCGAGUAUUCGUCCCUAACUUACUGAAACGUACACAUAGAAACGAACACAGAAGAGAAAAAUCAGAACGCGGAGUUUACAUUUAAAUGCAAAGAAUAGUUAUUGUAUGCCCAUGAUGUCAUCUUCCUUUUGCAGGUGAUAGAGGACAUGCCGAUGAAGCUUCUGGUCAACCGAGAUGUGAUAUCGAUACCGCCUGGUGGCGGUCACAACACACUGGUUCCGGCAAACACGGUGCUCACCGUCAAGCGCGUGUUCACUUGCUCUAUCGAUAAGGCGCGCUAUCUUCAAUGCUCAUUUGCAUCGCAGCAUGUGUCAUUUAAGGAGACGUUACGCGUGCAGUUUAGUGCCAUCGGCAACGACUCUUUGUACACUAUGCACUAUUUACAGAUGACCAACGUGUUUCCCACAGUAUUUGAGUUUCUGAAUCCGAAACCGGACGACGUUGUGCAUUAUGUCGAUUACGAAGCCAAUGCCGCACUCACCAUAGCAGAAGGUCCGUUGGAGAUACUGGGCAUCGAACGCCUUAACGUUGUCCUCGCCUGGAAACGCCAACAGGAAGCAAAAUCGUAUAGUACAUUGGUCAUACCGGAGUCCCGCGCAAAGACGUUAAUGGUUCAGAAACGUCAUUUUAAGGACAAAUUUAUUAAGAACAACUAUAUGCAUAGAAAGUAUACGGCGUGCACGCAUCUGGACUUUGUCUCUGAAAAGUUGUAUUUGAUACCGCAGGAUCCACCGAAUGCUGUGUGUCUGAAAAGUCCAAAUCUUUUCUUCUUUGACCCGAAUGCCGGUCGACUCCGCAUGGCAAAGAAUGGCAUCAUAUUUAAUCCCUCCUCUGAUGAAGAAUCAUACGACAGCGACGACGUCUACGCAGACAUAGCGCCCCCUAUACCAGAACGAAUUCCAAUCACCUGUCCUCAGGCUUUACAGAAUGUUAAAAAGAAACUCGGUUUUUUUCACAAGAUUCACGAGGAAAUCAAGUCCUUAUUUAAAAGAAAAGGGAAAAGUCGACGGAGAAAAAGGCGAGGUGAACAAAUGCGAGAACCCGGUGAAUGUCCAAGCAAUCCCUUGUACAGGCGUUCAAAAUCUAUGUCUGACAUCGACAAACUAGACGACAACGCUAUCUGGAAUGUCAAAAAUAUCAGGACUAUGGCUUACAGGAAACCCUCCGCUCCACCUCCUGGGUGCAAUGACCCACAACACAGCAAUAUACCUAAACGAAGCAUUCCAUCUACACUGAAUAAGUUCACCUCCAGCUUUCUAACUGAGAGCUUCAUGAAACCUACCCCAAGAGUUCCAUCCAUACCAAGCAAGAGUUAAUCCGAGUCCAGCUCUCCAACUGACGCAUACACUACAAAAACCAACAGCUUCUCACCAACACUGAGCAGGAGUCGAUCCGCCUCAAGAUCUCCGUCUGAAAUACGCAGGGAAUCGCGCCCCCUUUCGGCAUUAGUGUCCUCCCACAACGACGAGGAAUCUGAUAUCUGCAUAAUUCCGUGCCCCUCGGUACCUCCGCGACGUUCCGCAAGAGCUCCGAGAAGCCCUGCACCACAUAGGCCGGCGCCACCGAUUCCGCUUGACGGUAACAAUAGAAACCACCUGAUUGCUAACGCCGAACCUUGUGACCAUCCCGAAGCACUUCCGGUAACUACCCACUCCGAAAAAGCCAACGAGAACGCAGGGUACGCAACGAUAUCGCAGAAACGCAUGGAAAGUAUCCUGUGCCCCGGACAAACGAGUGAAGACUUUUACAAGUAUUCCGUUAUUGAACUAUACCGCCUGUUGAAGCACUUCAAUCUUCAUGACAUCGCUAACAUUUGCUACGAUUACCGUUAUGAUGGGAAGUACUUCGCAAACGUAGAUGUUCAGGAGCUCCUUCAAGAUCAACCGUUCAGUGCCUCUAACAUUCAGAUACUGAAGUUUAAAAAGCUCCAGGAUGGAUGGCGUCCUAGUACUUACACUUAGUGCGCGUCGCAAAGUUACGCUAUCCAUUACAUGUAUAUACGCCUUAAACGGCAAUAUUGGAUGACUGAAAUAGAUUGAUAAAAAUUUAAAGAGCAUAAAUCAUUAUGUUUGAUUCACCUUAUAAUUAUAAUGCAGUUCAAUUACAACUCAAAAUCUACAAUAAUGACUAAGUAAAAACUAUUGCAUCCAUUCGUAUUCUUGCGGGUCUUUUUAUUGAAAUAUAUGCUGUUUAGGACGAUUUGCAGUCCCAUUUGCAUGAGGCUUGCCUUAUAAGUACACAAUUGUUGUAUGUUAUAAAUACAGAAAUAAUG